AUGGUCAAAGCGCCGGCAAUUUUUUUUUCUCUUAGCGAAACGUUCGAAGGCGGUCAAUGGAAAACGGCAAAAAGCGUACUCUCCAUCAAAUCACGACCAGCUCAGAAAAUUGAGGCAUGGCUCGAACCAGCGGAUUACCUCAAUGACUUCAGCGAAUUAAAUCGACAUAUAGCUUCACGAGCUCCUGGUACCGGUAUUUGGCAUAAUAGAGACGAUCAUGGCAGUCUCUGGGUCAAAGGUGUACCUGGAGCUGGAAAGACGGUGAUUUCUGCUUGCUUAGUGCAUCAUUUGAGGGCCACUGAAAACAAUCCUGUUCUGUCAAUCUUUCUUCAUUAUACAACUGAAUCGAACAGAGGAUCACGAAAUCUCCUCUUACGAUACAGCGUUGAUCUCCAGGUCGCCCUAAACGCUAUUGUGGACACCAAAUUGGAGGGCUUUCCGGAUGGGCAACUAUGGACUAUCUACUCCAUGGUUUACUGCGUCGUUGAUGCCUUGGACGAGGUUGAUAUCGUAGAAGAGAAGGAUCUCUUACAAAGACUCAACAAUUUAGCGACGUUUCGACUACAGUACGUCAAAAUUCUCAUGGCAAGUCGUCCAGUUCAACAAUUGCAACUCAGACUGAAGGAUGCUUCUAUGAUUCAUAUCAGUCUCGAAGACGAUCGUGUUGGCAGAGAUAUAAAUCUUCUUAUCUCCGAAUGUUUAAGAAACAUGUUUGAAAGACAUAAUCCGGAUUUAGAACUGACAUUACAUUCAAUUAUAUUUGAUGGAUCUACCGGAGUCUUUCCGUACGCUCGCCUCCUUUUAGACUCGCUAAUGUGUAAUCGUGGACGUGAUGAGUGUCGCUGUGAUUGGUCAAUAGCCACCCUUUACAGCAUCGGUUUUCGGAAGGCAAAGCUUGAUCACCUUUCCUUGACUACGCCAUCCGAAACCGGACGUACCAUAGGAAUCGUUAUGACAUUGAGCACAAUAUCGGCAUUUUCAGAUCCAAAAAGUAUAGGCUUUAGAAGAUGGCUAUCACUUGAUUGGGGCAUUCGAUUUAUCACGAAAGACUCAGUAGUGCCAUCGCCAGCGCACAUGGCUCCAUUCAGCGGAAUGAUUGACAACGAAGAUGAUUCUCAUCAAAGAAUCAUUCAUGAAGCUGCUCGCAGAGAUUCCGCUCUCAUUGUACUGGCUCUACUGAAAGCUGGUGUGAAUCCAACCAGAAGUACCGAUGAUAAUUCUCGGCCUGAUUCGGAAGUGUGCGCUAGGAAUAGAGAAGCUGAGUCUGGGACUACGCUGGAUUAUAUGAAUUAUCCUUGUGAUUGUACCUUUUCUCGACAUGAGAGGCGUCGAGGAGUCAUUAUGGCGAUGUUUAAUCGAUGUUUAAUCAAAAGCAGUACUAGCCAUACUUGCCAACACCAAUGUCUAGAUAAGUUGUUUAUACAAAGGUACUACUUUGCUUUACGCUGCAACGAUGGAUCCAAAUGCUUUUUCCGAACCACGAAUGCCAGAUCGUCGGCAGCAUCCUCCAAAGACUCGAGUAGAAAGUAUUUUCAGAGCACAGCGUUACACGUUCUUGCAGAAAGGUGGAGUGAUGACAAUCUAGUCCAUGCUAGAGAGCAAAUCCUCAACCUGCUCCUGAAGUAUGGAGCGAAUCUUGAGGCAAAGGAUAGCAAUGGGCGUACUCCUCUUUGGUUGUGUUUUACAUCACAUACAACCGUCGCAAAAUUGGGCAUAAGAUGUUUCCUGAACGCAGGGACCAAUGUGACGACGAAGGAUGAAAAAGGACAUGGUGCAAUAUACAAUAUUUUAGCCCAAACUAAGGAUGUCGAAUUACUAAAGCUACUCAUCCAUCAUGGAGCCGAUGUUUCUGCCAUCUCUAAAGAUGGUGAAUCAUCUCUUGAGGCCUUGUUCGCAUACCGAUUUACAACCAGAGAUACCGAUAGCUUUGAUACCACUAUUCAGUUCUUGGUCAAAAAUGGCGCCAGAUGUGAUGUUCAACAUGUGAAACGCGUGUCAAUCAUUGAGCGCGUAGCGAAUUCCAAAAAUUACAGCAUUGAAACUUUCAGAAUUCAGCUUCAUUACUGCACAGACAAGGAGACGAAAAGGCGUUGUCUUUUAUUAUUGAAUAAAGAUGCCCAGGAAGAUAUGAUGAAAUUUGACUAAGAAAUUUCAUUUUCUGGUGUAUCACUGGAAGAAAGGGACGAGAAAGGUUGCACUGCGUUGAUUUAAGAAGAUGAAAAGGGGACAUCUGCUUUGGAUGCAGCUGACGCAUUUGAGAAGAAGGAUAUCCAAGGAUUGCACAGGAAGAUGUGCAGAAAGUGAAAUGAGAUCUUAAGUCAACUACCCCACUUUCC